AUGACGGGCCCAGUGUUCCAUACUUAUGGCUCAGGGUGCCUCCUGGCAGAUGAAGAACCAGAGCUUUCAAGUCUAUACGAGCUCGACACGCCGCCAGACAUUCGCACACAAUUCUUCUACGUGUCCUCCCUGCCGAUAGACGAUCCGCUCGCUCCCCUUCCGCCACUGUCGAGCGGUCAAGCUCCAGAAGAUGACCGGAGCCCUCCAAAGCCCUUCUCGGCCAGAGACAAUAUAGCCUUGGAAAAGUCCUGGCGUGAGCUUGGUAAGGCCCGGGAGGCUAGUCCUGCGCCAGAGAGAUGUUCAAAGCCGAUUGAGACGCACUCGAUCUCCUCGGGAAUCGCCGUCCCGGGUCGGGAUGUCCUCGAAAAAUUCCCGAAGAUAGCGUCCCAAGGAGAUACGAGUCUGCCGAGUACUGUGAGCACGUAUGGGGAGCAAGCUUCACUUCCAAAUAGGCUGGCUCAUAGGAGUUCAAAGGGCCAGGCCAGCAAUACCGGCGUGAGCUUUGAUGCCCAGCUUGAGAGUCGUGGCGAAGGGCGCUCGUUGGGCUCUUCUGGAAACGACAAGAUGGAGAGCGAGAGUCUAACAAGUGGCACUGGUGAGAUCAACAGGAAGAGAGAUCGCUCGAGCUCUCUGAAUGAGCCGUCAAUGAAAAAGAGAAGCAAUUUCUCAUUAAAUCACGACGCCGAUGAGCACUACGACGAAGCCCCGAGUGUUCAUGCCAACCGCUCACGAGAUGCAAGUAUCAGUGGCUCGCCCUUCAUCAGAGCCCCAGCUCUCCAUUCACAUAGUCCGUAUGGUCGCUCCAUUGAGUCCAUACCGCCCAAAGAUGGGGCCCAAGACGAACGCCCGGAAACUCGAGGUCUAGGCACGUCCCACGGCUCUCACGGACUGUCUAAACCGUCAGCUCUUAGAGGUAGCAUGGUGGCAGAGGAAGGGGUAAAGGAGAGGGUCAAUGUAGAGGACAUCCUAGAAGAGCCUCAAUUGAAGAUACCUGUGGGGGCCUCCCGUCUACAUCUUGUUGAGCUUCCCAAUUUGAAGAUGAAACCGAUCUACUGGAGUCCGCUCCACGAUGUGUCGAGUGUGGUUCGAGCUACUUGGUUCUACAAAAAUACUAUGAUGCCCGUUGAGACAGAUCUUGCCAACAAAUUAGAGGAAGGCUACGUGUAUUUGAGACCUUGGACGCAGACAUGGCAAGACGAGCUGAACAGCUGUGUUGAGAAUGGCGCCGAGGCGGAGAUGAAAGUCGUGCAUCAUCUUUGGCCAAAGGCCGAUCCUACUUCAGCUAGUCGACCCGGCACUGCUCAGGAACUCAAUCCAGCAAGCAGUGAGCGUGACGUGAAUCAUCGCCCGGAAGAACUCCAGUUUGAUCUGAAUCGUGCUGCAGGGGAUGUGGCCAACCGGGCCGAAGCAGUGAAGCCUUACCUGACUUCGAGUGCCAUCUAUGUGGAUGCUCGGAAUGCCCAGAUUCUGCGACCAAGCCUGCUUCCCUCGGUCGCUAGAGGAAGAAGACCUCUGAGCGCAAUUCGAAAGGAGCGACAAAUCGGUAUACCGGUUGUUCGUGGGUUUAGUCGCAAGAGGUGGGACCAACUUCACCCAUCUAAAGCGAGCCCAGUUGAUGUUCGCCACUACAUCCGCAAAACUCAAGGUCAAGCUACCGCCCCAGCCCCAGGAGUGCCAGUAUGCUAUGCGUGCAGAAUGGAGGAAAUGCGUCCGACGCCGUCCGAUUUGGUAUUCGUCGUCCAUGGCAUCGGUCAGAAGUUGUCUGAGCGAAUGGAGAGCUUUCACUUUACCCACGCUAUCAACGCCUUCCGCCGUCAAGUAAACAUGGAACUACACAAUGACCCCGUUUGGCCGCAUGUGAGGCAAGAGCAUGGGGGAAUAAUGGUCCUGCCGGUCAACUGGAGAGCCACAUUAUCCUUGGAAGAUCCAUCUUUUGAUGGUCCAGAGUCGGCCGAGCCAGCGCCAAACAAUUACACUCUGAAAGACAUCACGCCUGAAACUCUUCCUGCUGUUCGGUCUCUGAUUAGUGAUGUCAUGCUAGACAUUCCCUACUACUUGUCCCAUCACAAGCCGAAGAUGAUCCGAGCUGUUGUCCGAGAGGCCAAUCGCAUCUAUCGCCUGUGGUGUGAGAACAACCCGGGGUUCCAGGACAACGGCCGGAUUCAUCUCAUUGCUCAUUCUCUGGGAAGUGUCAUGGCAGUUGAUAUUCUGAGUCACCAGCCCACCGCGGUUCCGCGCUUUGAUCUCGCUUCCACGCCCCUUCAUAGUGAUAUCUUUGAAUUCGACACGAAUAAUCUGUUUCUCUGUGGAAGUCCUGUCGGGUUCUUUCUGCUUUUGAACAAAGCAAAUCUGCUCCCACGCAAAGGCAGGAAUAAACCAGGAAGUGAAGGCGACGACCGCCUGCGCGGGGUCGCUGGAGAGGCCGGUCAAUAUGGCUGCCUCGCUGUGGACAACAUGUACAAUAUCGUGCACACUACGGAUCCAAUCGCGUACCGCGUCAAUGCUGCCGUAGACUGUGACCUCGCCAGUUCGUUGAAGGUUGCGUCACUGCCCAGCUCGACCUCUUCGUUUAUACAAUCUUUUGGCAGCGUUUUCCGAUGGGGAUCCACUCCAGGAUUGUCAGCCACAUCGGCAGUGCGUCCACCAAUGACCGCGAAACUUCCCUCGACUGUCGAGAUGGAGACACACGACUUCACUCGGGAAGAGAUCGCUGAAAAACGCAUGCUACUUCUCAACGACAAUGGCCAAAUUGACUAUUUCCUGUCCGGCGGCGGUGGCCCUCUCAACAUCCAGUACCUGAACAUGCUUAGCGCCCAUAGCAGUUACUGGAUCCUCCCGGAGUUUGUUCGAUUUCUAGUCGUCGAAAUCGCCCGCAAGCAGGGACGUGACGGGACGCUUGCUCCUUUCAAGGCAGAGAAGAAGAAAGAGUGGAAGUAUUCCAAAGGGUAA